AUGUUGAUUCUGUUCAUACUAUUGCUAUCAAUUCAAUCGAUUGUCGCACAGAAUUUCUCAUUAUGCCACAAAGACGGCAGCAGCAAAGACCAGAACUUGUUCCAAAUAAGCUGGGUGAAUACAAAUUUUGAUGCCAAUCAAUUUAAAUAUACCUUCAACAUAUUAGGCAUGGCAACUCGAGAAAACAUCACCAAUCUCAACCCUCAGCACAGUUAUUACGCUGCUGCAAAGACCAAAAUCAGUCUUGGUGUGUCUGAUGCACACACGACGGUCGCACUCAACAGGUUUUGUCAGGAUGUAUACCAAGAUUGUCCCGUGAUAAUGAAUAAUUAUACCUUGAUUCAAAAGACUGUGCAGUUGCCAUAUACAAAUGUGCCUCUCCUUGACAUCAUUGCUCAAUAUUCUGCCUGGACAGGAGAGCAGACACCUAUCACUUGCUUGACGUUAGCACCAAUAGCUUACCAAAACCCUCUAUGGACUCGUUUGUUUCGGUACAUUCCUAUUGGUGUAGCUGGCCUCGCUCUCAUAACUACAUGUGUCGCUAUCUAUGCCACCACACCAAUUGAUCGAAACGAAAUCACCGUCCACUGCUUUCCAACGGCACUACAACUUGCACUACCAAGUGUAUUUCAAGUCGUCUACUACGCACAGUUCAUCGUAACCAUGGGCCAACUGAAUCUGUCCUACCCCAAGUUUUAUCCGCUGUUUGCUUCCGAUUUCGCUUGGAGUUUUCUCAUGUUACCAUCGCAUUGGAUCACGCAAAACACGCACCUGGCAAAUCAGCCUGCCCAGCAACAGCCAGCGACGGAUGGGAUGUCAAAUUAUGCAGCCAACAUUGGCCUAGAUGUCAAUGAUGUCUUUAUCACGGUGUUUGUAUAUUUCUUGCUAUUGGUCGCAUUGUGCCUGAUUGGAUUAGCCAUUGUGUGGCUGAUUGCUAAGCUGCAAAAGAUCAUAUCUACCGCCGAUGCCGCCGACGAUAAGUAUACGGAUGUCGCCUACCUUGGCAUACUCAAGAUUCCACAGCCUACAUGGAAUUCUAUUGUUGCUAUUCUGCUCAAAUGUGUCACACUGUGUUAUCUACCAUUGACAAUCACUGGUUUGUACCAAUUGAUGCUGCCUUCGCAGUGGUAUAUGCUGCUUGUGGCUGCUUUAGUGGUUGUAUUCCUCUCAUUUCUGUUGUAUGGAUGGAUAGCAUUUGUCAUGCUCAAAUUAGGUGAUACGGCAUCCGUGCUGAUCCAGUCUGCAACGUUCACCAGAAUCGGGUUUCUCUAUUGCCUGUUUUCAGAUGGUCAUGCCACAUUCUUUUUUGCGACCAUUGUGUACAACAUGAUUACAAGUCUGAUGGUUGGCAUAUUUCAAAAGAGCGGUCUAGCGCAACUGAUAGUCAUCAUCCUCAUUGAAGCUGCCUACUUUGCUUUUACGCUGGUCAAAUGGCCCUAUGUUACGAAACAGAUGAAUGUAUUCUUCACAUUGUUGGGGUUCCUGAGAUUGACAAGUAUACUACUGAAUAUCACACAUGUCUCUAGCCUGUCCAUUUCAGAUUACACAAAGCAAUGUGUUGCUUAUGCUCAGGUAUGUUUUCAUAUGCUGGUUUUUGUUCUGUUUUUGUGUGCCGAGUUGAAAAACUUGAUGGCUAUUCUGCUAGGAACAUCUGACAAGCAGUUUGAAGAGGGUGAUACUAUGCCUGUGCGCAUGAUGACAUGGCCACGCUAUAAAAGAAAUAUAAAUCGCUCCUACUUUAAUCAUGAAGAGGAGCAGAGCGAGAAUGGAUUGCUACUCGAUGCUCCAGAUAACAGCAACCCAUUGCAUCAAUCCGAAAGCCCUUACAGACGGCACUUGUCUGUAGUUCCUCCUCUCUCAAAUGACAACAGCACUGACCCUCCUGCGCUCCCGCCACAUAUUGAAAUGUCCAGAUUAUCCUUGGCAAAUCCCGCCACAAUACCUUUACUAUCAGUGCCACCCAUCGCUGCAACAAACGACAUGUAUAACAUUGAUCUAAACGACACGAGUAACAUCACAAUAGCAGCGGCGAGCAACAGGAGCAAGCAUCAUAGUGAUAGUAACUUGCACAGCAAAUACAACGACACUGCAGACAAUUCUCUGGAAAAUGUGUCUUCCACAGCGCAUCGUUGGUCAGACAUUGGCAUUCAACAAGCCGUACAAAAGAACUAUAAUCACAGACAAUACCCUCUCAUAUAG